CACACACACACACAGGCCCAUCCCACCUUAUCCACUCCGUCCACAUGCUCUAUCACACUGCCAGGAGCAGAUAAGCCUGAGGAACACAGAAAGUUUUGUCUUCAUUGUCUUCAUUGUCUUCAUUGUCUUCAUCUUCAUCCACUCCACCCAUCCACCUUGUUCGCUCUUCUUCUUUACUUUUGAUAAUCUGUGACUUUUCAGCAUGUGUACAGGAAGGUGUUCUCGUCUCGUUGCCGGAGCUCUUUACCCGCUCGCCCUCAUCUCCAUCAUCUGCAACAUCAUCCUGUUUUUCCCUGACUGGCAGGUUACGUACGCCAGGGACGGAUACAUCACCGAGGAGGUGAAAUACAUGGGAGGACUGGUCGGAGGAGGACUGAUGGUUAUAGCUCCAGCUCUGUUUAUUCAUGUCACUGGAAAGCAGGGAUGCUGUGCUAACCGCUGUGGGAUGUUCCUCUCCAUCCUGUUUGCAGCAGUAGGAGUGUGUGGAGCUCUCUACAGUUUCACAGUGGCCAUGUUAGGGCUGAUUAAUGGGCCAUACUGCAGAAUGGGACUUGUGUGGCAAACUCCGUUUAAAAACAAAUCACAGAACUACCUGCAGCACCGUGACAUGUGGAGUAUGUGUACAGAGCCCCAGGGCGUGGUGGAGUUUAACAUCGGACUGUUCUCCACCCUGCUCGUCUGCAGCACACUGCAGCUCCUCCUGUGUGCAUCACAGAUGAUCAACGGCCUCAUUGGCUGCAUCUGUGGGGCCUGUGUAGAGAAAGGGCCUCUGUAAGUGUGGCUCUUCACCCAGGGAGCCCUAAUGAGUCACACAGCGUUAUGGAUCGGACUCCCAAACUCUAUUAAAUAUCUAAUUCACAUGUUAAUACAUCAAUGUUUAACUGUAAUAAAAACAUCAAAGGAACAUGAGACUGUAAA